AUGGCAUCGCCAUGCCUGCAUGCGCAUACGUGUUCACUCGACACACUUGACACUACUAAUGGUCAAAUGCAAACUUCAAUACGUUUGAAAACAGCCAUCCCGAAACUCGAAAUGAACGAACUGAAAUUAGGUCGCACUCAGUCUUCACAGCGAAGCCUUCUCUAUCCUAUCUUCUUAUUCUCAGGUUCCAAAAUAACACUGAGCUGGUUAAACUCACCGUUACACAGAUCACAAGUCGGGCGGUUAAUCGAAAAUCGUCUUAGGGAGAUUCGGAGCAUCACGAAACCACUGCACUCGGAAGACGUCACAGUCGAAAUCCGCAACAUCUCGACAUCCCGACCAGAGUCGGAAGCUUACGCAACAACACGAAUAAGCAAUAAAAGGCGAAGACGGAUUUGGGCCUGUGGUCAAAGGGUAUGA